CAUUACGCGCUCUACUCGUGCCCGGCGCUCUAGCCGUAUCCGCCACGUCCCGCGUCGCGUGUCUCCCGGCGCUCGCCGUUCCGCUCUCUUCCACAAUCGAACCCCACCGCCGCCGCACCACCUCUCGUUCCCCCUUUCCCACACCUCGCCUCGCGCCUUCUCCCCCUACCAGCCGCCCCGCCCCCUUGCCCCCGCAAUCGGGAUCAUGCCACAUGUGCUUCGUCGUGCCCCGCCAGUGAUGUUGACGCGCGCGGCGGCCCACCAAUCCCUAGGAUCUCCGCGACGCUGCCGCCCGCGCUGCCUCCCCUAUGUCGUCCGAUCGCCCUCCACAUGGCCCCUCCUGCUGCUCCUCCUUCUGGUCGGCAAUGCCACGUGGCACCUGGGCGGUGGCGCACCACUCCUAUCAGCUGAACGAGAGGCGCUGCUGGAAAUGUCCAAGUACAGGGAGAGCGACCCGUACACGGAGGAAUUGCAGGGGGACUGCCUUGACGUCUCCAACCUCGACUGCGACGACUCGGGCGCCGUCACGCGCAUCUAUCUGUCGCGCUACAAUGUCAUUCCCGACGCCAUCCAGGCGCUCUCCCGCCUGCAGCACCUACACUGGUCGGAGAGUGAGGCCAGGGAAGUCCCCACCGUCAUCGCCACACUCGCUUCGCUCACCCGCAUUGACAUGCUUCGCUGCCUCGCCUCUGGCUCCCUGCCAUCAACCAUCUCAGCGCUCUCCAAGCUCAAGUAACUGUGAUAUACAUCGAGGGCGGCCUCUCCGGUUCGCUGCCUGCAGCGGUUGGGCAGAUGACAAGCCUCGACACACUACACACACUCAACCCUGCCACAACCUCACGUCACUCGUGGACUCAGAGCAGAGCAACCAUUGCGAAAGCCCCGGAGAUCUCGUACACCAACCUCACAGGGCCCCUGGACCCCAUCCAGUCCCUCUCGCAGCUGCAGAGGAUAGCGUUGGACCGCAACUCGCUGUCAGGGACCUUGCCAGCAGGUUUGGGUGCACUGCGCAAUGUGCUGACGCUGUAAGCAGGGGCUCGCUGGUGAUGUGCUGUGCAUGUCGUGUGCGUGUGUGGCCAUGGGAGUUGGAGCGGUGAAGAGGAGGCAUGGAGGACAUGCUACCAGUGUUACUCGUGUAUGUCUGUGGGAAGAGAAGGAAGUGAGUUGCAGUACAAUGUGCUGAGACCUCCUUGUUGGGAAUCAGUGGAAAAGGGGUGUUGCUGCGAGGAAUACGGAAUUGAAUACGAAUAGGUGGUCAGAACAGGGUGUAAGGGUGUUUUCUAGGGUUUCGCACCGAAUACCGCGAUAGAAAUAGCCCCCCUAAUAAUGUUACUCUAUUACCCCCCUCCCCAGUCACUUCCACUCCUGGCGUAUUGUCGAAGUAGCUGGGAUUCUGGCUUAUUAUUUAUGGAACAACAUGUCAUGCACAAGAAUCCUGUUUUUGUUUUUGUCCACGAUUGAUUGUUUCUAUGGAGGUCGCAAAUAGGUCAUUGUUAGGCCUAUUGUGCGGCCCUCCGAUUUCGCCGGUAUCGCUUAUUCUGCACUGCUGAUUUUGCCAUGCUGUUUAGACUUUGAGAGGAAAGGGGAGUUGGGGAGGUGUGUAUGGUAGGCUCACACGAAAACGAAUGUCUUCCCGAAUAUCGAAUAUUUGAGUGUCGAAUAUUAUAUUCGGAACCGGCGAAUCUUUGAGAGACGAAUACUGCCGGCCGAAUAGCUUCGGGAUGUCAGAUUCGUUUUGUAUUUGAUAUUUGUCGAAUACCAAAUACGAAUCCGAAACCGGUGAUAUUUGUUUGCACGCAGCGUGAGCAUGUCUGUUAAGAGCCAAGUCCACCGUCUAGUAUGAUUGAAAUGUUUUGCAGGUGCCUGACUUGCUGAACUGCUAUUGGCCUGCGAUAUGCAAAUUUUGACGAAGGUGUUGCGAGGAUUGCGAAGCUCAGCCGUGUUUUCCCCAAACCAGCCAGGUUCGGUUCCGAAGCUGAAAACAAAAUGAGUUUCCGCACACACAUAAGGGUGUGCUGUUGCUCUCGCGAAUUUGUAUUAGGAGCAGACAGCUGACCCCUCAAGAUGUUUACGAAACGCGUAACCAGACCAAGUUGCGCAACUCAGGCAUUUUGCGCAACCCUAGGCACCACGCCCUAGCCUAGAGUUUAGCUAAACCCGAUUUCCUGGUGAUUUGCAUUUGACGGUAAUUGUGCAGUGUGAUGUGGUCUCGACACUUGUGAGUAGGUUUCGGUGAAUCGGAGCCUUGCAUUCUUUCCUUAGUAACCAAUGCUUGUAGGUUGACAGAAUUCACUCGUCGCUCUCCAGUCAUAAUCGAAUUCGCCCAUCAAUUGCAGUAACAUUCGAACAAUACUAGACGGCGGUUUCUACUCCAUCGUACUACAGGUGACCAUGGUUUCAUGCAAGUCUGUGUGCAUGGCUAGCAUGUGUGUGUGUGCAAACCGCUUUCCCCAUCCUCCUCUCUGCAUGUGCCUGGCAUGGCCCCAGGGACCUCUCCUACAACAGCAUCACAGGGCCCAUCCCUAAAGCCUUCUCCAGCCUCAAGUCACUCAUGGAGCUAGCACUCCAGUCCAACCAACUGCAGGCGCCAUUGCCACCCCUAACGGCUGCUACGAAUCUCAGAGACUUGUAACUCUCAAGAAAAUUCUCUUCCCACA